CCCCUUGCAUCGACGCCAUUCUCCUGUCCUCCGGUUCUUCUCUCUCUCUCUCUCUCUCUGUGGGUUGCUUCAUCACACAAACACACAUCUCGUUUGCAAUUCAACAAGCCCUUCACUAAGGUCCGCAGAUAAUAUAUGUGAAAUGCCACAAGUGGAGGGGAGAGGUACUUUCUUGUAGUGAAACUUUAUGAAUAUCAAAGUGCUGCCAUAGAGCUGGACUUUUAUGGCCAUCCCUAUGAAGCACUCCGGAUUCCUGAUAUAGAUGUUUCCUUGUUCUGAACAUGAGAAGUUCUCAGGUAUUCUGCUGUUGAUGAACUGCCUCCACACCUGCAGUGACAAGAAAACGCUGAAGAAGUGGUUUUUCAUCGACAAGACAGUAGGCUAAAUUUCAGUUCAGAGAACAAAACAACACUCCACCACACAGCUCUUCUCUUCAUUGUCCCGAUGGAUAUGAGCAGCAGCUCACCUGUUAUCACCGAUCCAAUAUCAAUAAGCCCACCACUGUUGGGAGGCUUGACAUCAAAUCUGAUGCCGUUUUCAGUCAUGUCUGGAGGUUGCUCCAGUCCUAGUAUGACCGCCAGUAGGCGUAAAAUUGAGGAGGUCCUUGUUAAUGGCCUGCUAGAUGCAAUGAAAUCCUCGUCACCGCGCAAGAAGCACAAUCUCGCCUUUGGACAGGAUAAUUCACUCGACGAAGAUCCUGCUUACAGUGCAUGGCUGUCAAAAUGCCCUUCUGCGUUGACCUCCUUCAAGCAGAUAGUAGCCAAUGCACAAGGCAGGCGGAUUGCUGUGUUCUUGGAUUACGACGGUACCCUGUCACCAAUCGUUGAUGAUCCCGACAAAGCAUUCAUGUCCCCUGUGAUGAGAGCUGCUGUCAGAAAUGUUGCAAAGUACUUCCCUACUGCAAUUGUCAGUGGAAGGUCCCGUAAGAAGGUGUCUGAAUUUGUGCAACUGAAGGAACUAUACUACGCUGGGAGUCAUGGGAUGGACAUAGUGACAUCUGUAGCAGCACAUGCUACUGAAAAGUGCAAACAAGCCAAUCUCUUCCAACCUGCUUGUGAAUUUCUUCCUAUGAUUGACGAGGUUUCCAAGUCCCUCUUGGAGGUCACGAGUGGAAUUGAAGGUGCAAGGGUUGAGAACAACAAGUUCUGUGUAUCUGUACAUUACCGCAACGUAGCAGAGAAGGACUGGAAAGUGGUUGCAGGCCUCGUAAAACAAGUAUUGGAGGCCUUUCCUCGUCUCAAAGUAACCAAUGGGCGAAUGGUUUUAGAGGUUCGCCCAGUGAUCGACUGGGACAAGGGAAAGGCCGUCGAGUUUCUGCUUCAAUCACUCGGCUUAAACGACUCUGAAGAUGUGAUUCCUAUCUACAUCGGAGAUGAUCGCACGGACGAAGACGCCUUCAAGGUACUUCGAGAGCGAAAAUGUGGAUAUGGAAUCCUAGUUUCGCAGGUGCCCAAGGACACUACUGAAGCCUUCUACUCGCUGAGAGACCCAUCUGAAGUGAUGGGGUUCCUCAAUUCCUUGGUGAGAUGGAAGAAGCACUCACUGCGACGAAACUGAAGAAAACAGGAUGAUCGAUCCAGAAGUCGUAAAGUAACUGUAAUUCGUGCGGCGGCAAAUUUUGUAGAGUUGGACGCACCGGGUGGUGGUUCAUUCUUUCAUGGGUUUGUUCAUUUUUUUCUAUUGUCCGUGUUAUUCGCCACUGAGAUCUGAGAAAUGAUCAGUGGCUGUCUCAUCCUCUUGCAACUGUAAUUUGUAAGCAAGAGGCCCCUCUUCCUGUUCAGUCCAUUGAAUAAUAAAACUGGGACGCUUUUUACCUUGCCCUGAA